AUGACACUUCCAAGCGAAGGAGUUCCUGAAAAUGAUAUGGAAGAAGGAUCUGGAGAUAGUGAUGAAAUUUUGGGGGCACCAACUGGCAUAAGCGGGGAGUUUAAUUCAGUCACAUUCAAUGACAAUAGUGGAGGAAGUGGAGGCAACACUGGAAUGAGACAGGAAACCAUUCGUGGGGGUAGAAGCACAGGUGGCAAUCGACCUAGUAGCUCAUUAGGAGUUAGAAAAAAGGGUGAAUCCAUGAAGAAGAAAUCUACUACCACUAUGAAAAUAGCGGAUGCACUAAGCAGGAUAGCUCAGGCAAAUGAAAAUGAUUCUCAGCGUGAACAUGAAGAGAUUUCAGAAGCACGUGCUUAUGAGACGUCAAUUGCGGGAGUCAUGGAGCACCUUAAUGAAGUUGAUGAAAUUGUUGAUGAUCCUGAUCUGUUUGGCCGGUGCACAACACUUCUUAUGGAUAAGCCAGCUGCAAGGGAGAUGUAUGUGGCUCUGAAGAACAAGAGGGAAAAACUACUGAUCUUCUUGAAGCAUGCAACUAAGGAUUGA